GAGCAUCUCACAAUUGCACUAAGCGCGUGAAAUAAUAACAACAACCAAGGUUAGGCGGAAAUUUAAGGUGGACUCGCCCUUUACAACAACUCAACACAAAUUUCUCUCUCCUUAACUUUUUCACUUCAUUCGUAGGUAUGUAAUUGCAUUGAUCAAGGAAUUUUGAUUUUAUUUAUUUUGAUCUUUGAUUGAGAAAAUAUGGCUACGGUUUCUGAAGAAAUUACUACCAUUUGCACCCACUGUGAUAGGCCUAUCCCUUCCGGGAAUAUCGAUUUGCAUACAGUUCAUUGCGCUCGGAAUCUUGAGAAAUGUAAAGUUUGUGGUGAUAUGGUCCCAAAGAAGCAUGCUGAGGAACAUUAUUUUAAUACCCAUGCUCCUGUGGCUUGUUCACUAUGCAGUGAAACAAUGGACCGAGAAAUUUUGGAUGUGCACAAGGGUGAAGAUUGUCCACAAAGGAUAGUAACAUGUGAAUACUGCGAAUUUCCUUUGCCCGCCAUUGAUCUAUCUGAACAUCAGGAUGUAUGUGGCAAUCGGACAGAACAUUGCUAUCGCUGUGCCAGGUAUAUCAGAUUACGUGAUCGAUAUGUCCAUGAAACAACCUGCAAUGUUGUUGCUGAAGUUCCUGUGGGUACUUCUAGGGAAUCCAGGCCUGCUGCUGAGAGAGAACCACGGCCUCGCAGAAGAGAUACACCAGCACCAGCAUUCCCCAAAAGACAUCUGCUAAUCACAAUCGCAAUCACAGGAAUUGCAUUUAUUCUAGGGUCCUUUUUCUACCAGAAGAAAUCAGAAAACUCUACUGGGCACUAGUGGCAGUCACACACGUACAAGUAGCUCUUUCUGUAUUUUGAGGCUCUGUAUUGUGUAUAACCCAAAGUAGCAACUGAGAUCAGCUUUUACUGAAAAUUCGAGGCGUUGAGUCUAGUUGAGCAAUGAGGUUAAAUUGUUUGGUAGCAGUAAAUAUAUGGGACGGGUUCACAUGAUAAACUUCAGUUUUUUCUUAAGAGACAAAAUCUCGUCUACAUUGUUUGGCAUCUAUCUCACAUGCAUUCUUGGUGCAUAAUAUGUAAUGCAUGCUGAGGUUAUCCUUUGUUAAUUAAAUCACGAUUCUUCUUAAGUUUUCAUUCUCACUAAA